UCUCAUUGGCUGGUUACCUGACGUCACUCUCCCGCGCCGCGUGUCCCCUUGACUCGAGUUACCGGUGAUCGAGAUAGUUGUUACAAAAUGAUCCUGCGUUGAAGAAGGUCAAUAGGCACAUGGUAGUAUGUCUGAACCGUGGCUUUACCCUACUAUUUUACUAUGCAUUUAUGGAUUUUUCUCCAGCCACAGACCACUGGAACCUUUUCUAACCCCGUUUUUGAUGGGACCUGAUAAAAACCUGACGGAAACAGAGGUUGUGAGUGAGAUCUAUCCAUUCUGGACAUAUUCCUACCUUGUGCUGCUUUUUCCUGUUUUCCUGGCCACAGAUUAUCUUCGCUACAAACCUGUGCUCAUUGUCCAGGCGGCCAGCUUCAUAGUGACAUAUGCUUUGCUCGUGACAGUCCGGAGUGUGAGGGCCAUGCAGUUAUUGGAGUUCUUUUUCGGUCUGGCGACUGCCACUGAAGUUGCCUACUACUCCUACAUCUACAGUGUUGUGGAGCCAUCUCAUUAUCAGAGGGUGACUGGUUUUUGCCGCUGUGUCACACUGUUGGGCUCAGCCAUUGGCUCACUCAUGGGACAGAUCCUGGUGUCUGUAGGCCAGGUGCCUCUGUUUUAUUUGAGCAUCAUCACACUUGUGUCCUCCUGCAUAGCCUUUGUUGCCCCUUGGUUCCUACCCAUGCCCGGUAAGAGCCUGUUCUUUCACCACAGAGAGAGCAGCUCUCAGGAUGAAGGAGCUCUGGAACCCAUUAACAGACGUCAGCUGAUCGAGAAGCCAGAGGAUCCAGAGUCCAAAAUACAGCUUAGUGCAGAUGAAAGAAUGACACAAAGGCCACAAAGGAGGCUUCUCUCUCUCCAUUUGGGUGUCCAGGCUCUCAAGGACAUUACCAGCAGUAGUGGAUUAAUGGAAGUGUUAAAAAUGCUUUGGUCAGACUUCCUUGAGUGUUACUCCUGCUCUACCCUACUGGCCUGGUCAGUGUGGUGGGCUUUAUCCACAUGUGGUUACCUCCAGGUGAUUAAUUAUGCUCAAGCACUUUGGGAGAAAAUCUUGCCUUCCAGUGAUUUUGAAGUCUACAAUGGAUACGUGGAGACCGUAUCUACAUUGCUUGGCGCUUUUGCAGCAUUUGUUGUAGGCUUUGUGAAAGUGUCCUGGGCAGUGUGGGGAGAGCUUGCUCUCUGCAUUUUCUCUGUGGUAAUUGCAGUGUGUGUGUACCUCAUGGACACCAUCAGAAAUAUCUGGGUUUGCUACACUUCCUACAUGCUCUUCAGAGCUACCUACAUGCUGCUUAUCACCAUAGCAACGUAUCAGAUAGCUGCUAACCUAAGUAUGAGAAGAUAUGCUUUGGUUUUUGGAGUAAACACUUUCAUCGCACUUCUACUGCAGACGCUUCUUACUCUAAUUGUAGUAGAUUCUGCUGGUCUAGGCCUGGAUAUUUUUCUACAGUUUCUGAUCUAUGCAAGUUACUUUGCUGUAAUAGCUGUGAUAUUCUUGAUUGCUUGGCUGUAUAAACUGUACAAAAGAAGGGGACCUGAAGGACAGAAUGAAUUACCCUCAACAGAAACAGUUCCAGAAGCUUGAGACACCUCACA